GCCGGGGCCCGGGUCUCCCGGGAGGAGUUGGGAAACACCCGGUAAUUCUCGCGGUUGAUUCCUGGUGGCGCAGGGAGCCCGCGUGUUGGCGAGUGUGUGUGUAUGCGAAGUUCCUGGCCCGACUCGCGCUCUUCUUGCUGGCCGCCCGGGAAUCGCCGGCCGCCGCCGCCCAGCCUGCGCCCGCCGGCCGCCCAGUGCCUGGCACCUGUUGGAGGCACAGAAACAGCCAGGGGUGCUGCAUGAGGGGCCGCAGGGGCGACCGCAUGACCAUCAAUAUCCAGGAGCACAUGGCCAUCAACGUGUGCCCCGGGCCCAUCCGGCCUAUCCGCCAGAUCUCUGACUACUUCCCUCGUCGGGGACCAGGACCUGAAGGCGGGGGCGGGGGCUGCCGGGAGGCCCCAGCUCAUCUGGCACCCCUGGCUCUAGCCCCUCCUGCGGCCCUCCUUGGGGCCACCACGCCUGAGGACCGAGCUGAGGUGGACAGCUAUGAUUCAGACGAUACCACUGCCCUGGGCACACUGGAGUUCGACCUUCUCUAUGACCAGGCCUCCUGCACUCUGCACUGUAGCAUCCUCAGGGCCAAGGGCCUCAAGCCCAUGGAUUUCAAUGGCCUAGCUGAUCCCUAUGUUAAGCUGCACCUGCUGCCUGGAGCCUGCAAGGCCAAUAAGCUAAAAACGAAGACUCAGAGGAACACGCUGAAUCCUGUGUGGAAUGAGGACCUGACCUACAGUGGGAUCACAGACGAUGAUAUCACUCACAAGGUGCUCAGGAUCUCUGUCUGUGAUGAAGACAAGCUGAGCCACAAUGAGUUUAUCGGGGAGAUCCGAGUGCCCCUCCGCCGCCUCAAGCCUUCGCAGAAGAAGCAUUUUAACAUCUGCCUUGAGCGCCAAGUCCCGCUGGCUUCACCCUCUUCCAUGUCUGCGGCACUAAGGGGCAUCUCCUGUUACCUGAAGGAGCUGGAGCAGGCAGAGCACGGACCUGGGCUGCUAGAGGAGCGCGGGCGCAUCCUGCUGAGCCUCAGCUACAGCUCUCGGCGCCGGGGGCUGCUGGUGGGCAUCAUGCGCUGUGCGCACCUGGCUGCCAUGGACGUCAACGGCUACUCUGACCCUUACGUUAAGACGUACCUGAGACCAGAUGUGGAUAAGAAAUCCAAGCAUAAAACACGCGUGAAGAAGAAGACUCUAAACCCGGAAUUUAAUGAGGAAUUUUUCUACGAGAUGGAACUCUCCAUUCUAGCCACCAAGACUCUGGAAGUCACUGUCUGGGACUACGACAUUGGCAAAUCCAAUGACUUCAUAGGUGGUGUGUCCCUGGGGUCAGGCGCCCGAGGAGAGGCACGAAAGCACUGGAGCGACUGUCUACAGCAGCUGGACACAGCUCUGGAGCGCUGGCACACCCUGACCAGCGAGCUGCCCCCUGCGGCUGGGGCUCCUCCCUCCACCUGAGUGGACAGCUGCUGCCCGGCACAGGCCCCUCGGGCCAGGUCCAGUACCCAACCCUCGCACGAGUGUGUUGCACGUUUACACAGGGUGGGAUGCCCCCACCCCACGCCACCUUAUUUGUGUGAGAGUCUCUGUGACCAUGGGUCUGUCUUGUGAGGGACUGUGGAGAUCUGUAUUCACAUAUGCAACUUCCUCUUGCCUGACUCGCUAUCACCUGCAAUAUGCAAACCACCCAGCCUGCACACCUGCGGGGAGUGCUGUCAGAGCCACACCCCAGGGACCCCUGCUCCUUUCUCCAGCCUCUCCAGGCUGCCCCACCCCUCCCCGCACGGGAGGAGGUUGGAUUCGGGGAGGUUUGGAGGAGGAGAAUGUUCCCAAAAGAGAAGAGGACACGCAAGAGAAGAGCCACUCCUUUAAUACACAAAAGUCCUAGCCCUGUACAGCUGCCCUUCUAAAGGGGUGGCCAUCACUGGGUCUCUGCCUCCCUGUGAGGUAGCAGAUGCUUCUGGCCACUCAUUUAAAUAGCUGUCCCCUAGAUGGGGCUGGGAUGUGAGGGCAGGGCCCCUGCCACCUUCCUGGGGGACACUCGUGCAUGUUUACGCCUUCUCUGAUUGUGUCAGUGGCCGAAGCAUGGCAACUGGGCGUCAAUAAACAUCUCUGAGGAA